GACAGCGGGAAGCCGCGGCCGGCGCCGCUAGCGCCCGGGAGGGGCGGCCGGAGCGCUGUCAUGCAGGACGCUACCCCGGAACGGGCCGAGGAGAACCGGGCGGCGGCCUCGGCGGAGGGCGGCGGGGCCUUCUCUCUGCAGAGGGUGUUUGAGGAGGUGCAGAGCUCCUCGCAGCUGAGCGCGGCGCCCGCGGAGCCGCCGGCCGUGACGGUGGUGGCGGUGGAGCGGUACCUGGCGCGGACGCCGCCCGCCGCCGCCCACCAGUACUGGUACGACGUGACGCUGGCGGACGGCGCGCGCUGGCACCGCUGCCACCUCGCGCCGCGCCUCAACGGGCUGGUGCAGCGCGCGCGCCUGCGGGCGGGCACGCGCCUCCGCCUCACCCGCUGCUCGUUCCGCUACGACGAGAGGCGCCUGAACCGCGGCUUCCUCUGCCUGGAGGGGCUGGAGCGGGCGGGGGGCGCCGCCGCCGCCGCGGGCACCCCGCCCGACGGGCACCGCCCGCUCCAGCCCCUCCGCGGGGACAAUAGGCACUACCUGCCGCUCUGGAACAACGAGGAUCCCUAUGGAGACGUGUGGGUACCGGACAGACCCCCGGUGCGGGUGGAUGUGGACGUCUCCAGACUGACUAAUCUUGGUCAUCUGGAAAGGACAUGGAGAAGCAGAGUGCAUUUCAAUCCACUUCUUGUGAGAAUCCUGCACAAAUCUAGACUAAGGUACUAUGGAAAACCAGAGAAAAAAGUGGAUAUGCCUUAUCAGGCUUACUUUGAAGUUGCUGAUGGCUCAGGCAUGAUGUCAAUGGUUUUGUGGAACUCGCUGUGUCCUAAAUGGUAUCACAGUAUGAAGGUUGGCACAGUGCUGCUUCUUGCCAAGUAUGCCAUCAAAUCCAGUUACCCGUUUAAAACACACCCCACCCCAGGGGAUUCACAGAUGAAGAGAUUUGCUACAAUUGAAAUUUGCCUUAAUGUUCGAGAUCCUCCUACUGAAAUAAGUAUUAUUCCAGAAGAAAUGGUUAAGCCAGAGUGGGGAUUACCUGAUGUUAAAUAUAGGUUUAUCACAAGGUCAGAGCUGGAUGACUUACCGCACAAUCAUUCCUGUGAUGUUAUUGGUCUUGUGACAUUUGUAGGAAGGGCUGAGCGAGCCAGAAAAAGAGAACACAGUGAAGACUUCUGGCUGUAUCGUUGGGCACAUGCCAUUGAUGGGACCUCCGACCAGCCAUUCAUACUGGAAUUGUUUGCAACUUCUCAGCCAGACGUUUUUGAGCGUAUUCAUCCAAUGACAUACUUGGUGUGUACACAGAUGAGAGUGAUGACUGAGAAUGAUUCCAGGACAGUUUACCUUACGACUUCAAAUGAAAGUCAGAUAUUCAUUACAGGGUGGCACAAGGGCCAGCCAUACACCAAGGAUGCCAAAGUGAAAAACUUCAUUCAGUGGACAAAAUCACAAAAUGAAGCUGAUCAAAUAAAGAAAACUGUCAUUGGUGGAUAUUACCCUUUUCCACGACCUCCUGAUAGCUUUUUGAAAUAUUGUAAAAACAAUGAAGUUGAAUCAGUUUUGAAACCCAUAGGUGAAAUAGGGAAAGAGGUUGAAGAGCUGCACUACAGAGAGCACAAGCGAAUUGCUGUUCAGGGAAUAAUUAGUGCCAUAAGAUACAUCAGCUGUAGUAAUGCAGCUGAAGCCCCAGGAGGGGAACUCAUCCAGUUGCAGAAAGAUACCUCUCAGUCUCUUGGAAGUUCUUCUGUGUCCCAAGAAGACUGUGUUGACAAGGAUAAAAAUGAAGAAGUUAAGUCUUCCCUGGAGCCACCCUGUGCUCCUGGGGAACAUCAGCACCGAGCUCUGCUGUCAAAGGGGAAUUCAGUCAAGAGCAAGACAACACGCAGAUUCAGAAGAGAUGCAGAACAGGGUGGUACAUCCGUGUCAUCUUAUCCCUAUUUUACGCGGACUGUAAGAAGAAAACUAGGUUUAGAUGAAUAUCAGCAUGGACAUUCUGUGCAAGAUAAAAAUGGACAGGCUGUGUCAGACAGUUUGCAGUGUUGCACAGAUCAAGAAGGAGUGAGUAAUACAGCUGAAACUGAAGACACUGGAAGAACUUGUGAUUCUUGGCAGAGUGACCUGUGGGCACAAGUGAAAGACAAGUUAAUGAAUUAUUUUCAUCACAGCAGAAUUUUCCCAGAAAGUAUCCCAUGUAAAUUUGAUUAUGUGCACAAAGACUUACUUAUGCAACAGUACAACCUUCAUGCAGCAGUGCAUCAGCCAAUAGAGGCCAGAACAGAUAAAAACAUCAAUGAUUUUAAAAGUGCUAAUGGCCUUGGGUAUUAUGAAGUGACAGUUCUGGGUAUAAACCAUGACAUAGCAAUAGAUGUUGCUUUUCUUCCACUGUUUUGCCCUGACCAUCCCCACUUAUUUCAACUGGAAGACAUUCAGAAUGAUACAUUAUUGUCUAGUAUGACUUGUAUCUCUGCAUGCCAGCAGAAUGCUGCCAGCACUGGGAGGCUUUGUGAGACAUUUCCUCUUUCAGAUGAAAUUGUACAAGCAGCAAAGGAGCUUGAUGGCAAACACAUUAUCUGCAUCUUGGACAUGUGUCACUUGGGUGAUGAUAAGGUGGAAGUCUUUCUGAGCAAAAUCUACAAGACAGUGGAACCAGCUUUGCAAGAGAAAAUUGCCUUUAAGAAGUGCUAAUUAUGGCUGGAUAUACAGUUUGCCACAUCAUUUCUAGGUGUGCUCUUAGACCAUGAAGGAGUUCAGCAACUAUGAGAAGCUGCUACUUCCACAAAAGCAAAAGACUGGAAAAUUCUGCCAACUUUUUACCUGUACUGAGAAGCAACUGUCUCCUGCUGAUCCAGAAUCAAGUAGUAAAUUUUUCUUCCAUGUUAAACAGCCUCAAAUCACUUAUAGAAAUGGAUUGUUACAAAUUUUUUUUCAAGGAGGGACUCUUUUCAAUUUGGCUACAUGUCCAUUUGAAAUGCUGCUCUCAAUUCAAUUCUUUGAGAAGAAAGAAUUACAGAGACUUGCCAGGUAAAUUGUACCAUUACUGACCAAAGCCCAUAAAGUUAAUUUAUAGGAACAGAUAUAUUCUUAGGCACAUUUUAACAGACUGUUGGUAAUUGGAGAUUAACUCUUUCAACUAGUAGCUCACUUGUCUGCCCUGGGACAGUGGACUUUUUCCUCAAGUCUGUGCCCUAUCUUCAGUUAAUGGUAAUUUGACAGAUAAAUGUAAUUGAUUUUGUUACAUAUAAGUUCACAGGCAACUACAGAUAAAAGUCAUGAAAUUAAUAAAAUUAUUGUGUCUUUUUAGUGUAGUUUACAGUUUUAAAAUAUGUAGUUUAACUUAAAUUGCACUGGAACUAAAAGUCAAUUAAAUGUGACUGUAUUUUAUCUAUUUAAUAUGAAUCAGAAGUAUUAGUUCUGGAGCAAUGUUUGUCAACUCACGCAUUUCAGAGUAUCCACAGAAGGCAAACCGAAAAAAUACCAACCCAAGAAGAGUAGUGUUGCAGUGUUAUUUGUGUUAUUGUGCUGCUUAUGGGUAUGUGAAGGUGAGAUGCCAUUACUCUGAAGUGAGACUCAAUACUUCAUGUUCCAAACUGAGCCAUGCUGACUGUGUCAGCCAAUGUUUUUUAUUUACAUAUACUUCAGAUGGAAGUCUAAUCUUAAUGAAACCAUUUUUCUUAAGGCAAUUAUUAAAGGAAUUGUCUUUGUACAAAAGGACUGAUGUGGCUGACAUUGUCACAGAGCCACACUGGUGAGAUGGUCCUGCCACCUUCCCUCACCCCGUGCCAUAGAUAUUGAGCCAAAGGCUGUUGGUGGCAUUGCACUGCUUAGUACUUUAUGCUUUAAACAUAAAGCAUUAAUAAUGUCUUCUUAUAUGUUAAGACUACCUAACUCUAAAGGAAAUGUCAGAAUAAUGUGGAAUGUAGAUAAUGUUUUAAAACAUUAAAGGAUAUAAUUUUAUUUUACUCAAGGGUUUGAAAUUUUUCAUGGCAAAAGCUGGGAAGGAGAGAUAUUUCCUCUUUCAGAAUGGGGUGCCAGUGUUGGCAGCACAGGCUUUCUUUGUGCAGCUGGUGAAUAUCCAAUGCCUGUAGCAGACUUGGAAUUUUACUACUUUGGAUCAUUCUGUAGAAUCACCAUCCUGUUAAAUAACACUGAACUUAAUAUGUGGAGUUGAGUUGCUGAAAUGCUGCAGUGUUACUGUGAUUCUACCACUCUGCCUGUCUCGCUCCUCCCUGCCAAUCCAGCACUGUCAGACUGGAGCAAAGGUCCUCUGUAAAGAAACCACUUGGUGUUUUACUUCAUUCAGUGUUCAUUAACACAAGUGUGAAACCAAUUGAUUUUCGAUCUUGAGUCUCAAAAUUAUAGUUUUGCCCUGUUAAGCUAAGAUACAGUCAUUACUCCUGUAGUAUGUCAAAGGCAUCACCAUUAUUGCUGCUGUGUAUUUGCUGAGGGCAAAAUAAUAUCAGAGCACAUUUCUUUACUGUGGAACACCUGUACCUGACCAAAGAACUGUGCUCUGAAACCUUACGUGUGCAUGUUUCUUGGGUUUUCAGCAUUAAUUUCAAAGACUGGAGGAAGGUAGAACAUACAGAGUUAGUGAUACUUGUGAGUAUAUAAAAGUUCCUAAGUUUUAGAUCAUGAAGGUACUACUAAUUUUGAUUAAUGUGAUUGAGAAGUUGUGCAACACUGAAAAGCAGAGAAUAGAAAUAAACAAACUAAUAUAUGUAAACAUG